AUGCAGACCUCUGGGAGCAAGCCCUGCCCCUGCCCCAGCUUCAAGCUGCGGGAAGUGGCAUCCAUGUACUUCACCAUGAUCGCGGUGUUCCUGGUCAUCUUGGUGGUGGCCCUGCAGGGCUCGGCGCCCCGCGGGAGUGAUUUUCCCUACAAGGUGCCCCUCGAUCCCCAGGGGCUGCUCGAGCUCUCCUGGAACAUCAGCUAUCCCGAGCAAGCCGUGCAUUUCCAGCUCCUCAUCAGGGACCUGCAGUUCGGGCUCCUCUUCGGGAUGUCGGACAGGGGCGAGUUCGAGAACGCGGACCUGGCUGUGCUCUGGAGCGACGGGCACAAUUCCUAUUUUGGGGAUGCCUGGAGCGAUGCCAAGGGGCAGCUCCACAUGGACUCACAGCAGGACUACCAGCUCCUCGGGGCUCGGAGGGCUCCCGAGGGGCUCUACCUCCUCUUCAGAAGAGCCUUCAGCACCUGUGACCCCAAGGACUACCUUAUAGAGGAUGGCACCGUGCACCUUAUCUAUGGGAUCCUGGAGAAACCGGUCCAUUCCCUCCAAGCCAUCAACAUCUCUGCCAUCCACAGGGGACUGCAGAGGGUGCAGCUGCUAAAGCCCAACAUCACCAUCCCUGAACUGCCCAGCGACAUGAAGACCAUGGAGAUAGUGGCCCCUGACGUUGUCAUUCCCAGCCAGGAGACAACCUACUGGUGUUACAUGGCAGAGCUCCCAGACAGCUUCCCCAAACAUCACAUUAUCAUGUACGAGCCAGUGAUCACGGCGGGCAAUGAGGCCCUGGUCCACCACAUGGAAGUCUUCCAGUGUGCUGCCGAGUUCGAUAGCUUCCCCCAUUACAACGGGCCCUGCGACUCCAAGAUGAAGCCAGACCGGCUUAACUACUGCAGGCACGUGCUUGCCGCAUGGGCCAUGGGAGCACAGGCUUUCUACUACCCUGAAGAAGCAGGUCUUGCUUUUGGUGGCCCGGGCUCCUCCAGAUAUUUGCGCCUGGAGAUUCAUUACCACAAUCCCCUGGUGUUCAAAGGUCGGCGCGACUCCUCGGGAAUCCGCCUCUACUACACGGCCACCCUGCGACGCUACGAUGCUGGCAUCAUGGAGCUGGGCUUGGUCUACACGCCGGUGAUGGCCAUUCCCCCGGGUGAGGAUGCCUUCAUCCUCACAGGGUACUGCACCGACAAAUGCACCCAGCUGGCUCUGCCCGCUGCCGGCAUCCGCAUCUUCGCCUCCCAGCUCCACACUCACCUGGCAGGAAGAAAAGUGGUGACAGUGCUGUCCCGGGACGGGAGAGAGCGGCAGGUCGUGAACGCCGACGGUCACUACAGCCCUCACUUCCAGGAGAUCCGCAUGCUGAAGGAGGUGGUUGCAGUUCUUCCAGGUGACGAACUCAUCACGACCUGCACAUACAACACGGAGGACCGGAGCCGAGCCACCGUGGGCGGGUUUGGCAUCCUGGAGGAGAUGUGCGUGAACUACGUGCACUACUAUCCCCAGACGCAGCUGGAGCUGUGCAAAAGCGCUGUGGAUCCAGGCUACCUGCACCGAUACUUCAACCUCGUGAACAGGUUUAACGACGAGGAGGUCUGCACGUGCCCGCAGGUCUCCAUCCCACAGCAGUUUUUCUCCGUCCCCUGGAACACGUUCAACAGAGACGUGCUGAAAUCCCUCUACGGCUUUGCUCCGAUCUCGAUGCACUGCAACAAAUCCUCAGCCGUCCGGUUCCCAGUACGUAUAGCUUCACAACCAAAGCUUCGCAGCAAAACUCCCGGCCGUAGGUAA